GACAAGCGCCAGCUGUUUUCUGGUGGAAGAAGAGGUCUGAGACGAACAGAUUCUUGUAUUUGGGACUUUUGCUUUUUCAGAAUCAUUGCAAGAGUUGGUGGGUGUGCUCCGUUGGAGCCUAUUCAACAGUUUGGAGUUCUCAGUCUAGGCGUGUGGAAAGACCUUCCAGAAGCGAGAUUUAUUCAAUUCUGAAGAAGUAACUCAGAAGAGCUUUCGGAAAGUCCUUCCCUGCAGGACUUCCCUGGACUGAGGCUCUCCUAGCCUUGGUGGGCUUCGGUCUGAUCCUGUUUGCAGGCAAAGGGGUGGAUUAGGUGCCCCGAAGCCCCUCGCUGGCACCAGGAUUCCAGCUGCCUUCGUGGCUACGUGGGGGUGCCUGUGCGCGCCCGCGACUGCGCGCCUGGGUGUUUGUGUGUGCUGGUCGGUGGGAGGCGCGUGAGUGUGGCCCCCGGUGGGUGUGUCUGAGGCGCCGGGCUGGGCUGCGCCCGCUGCGCCCACUUGUGGCUCCCAGGCGCCGCCAGGAGGAACCGCGCCUUUACAGCCUCUGCCGAGGACCCGCCCGAUAGGAAGAGGACGGGAGGCGGAUGACAUGAGGGCGCCGUCUCCCGAGUGAUGGCAGCGCGCGCUGCCUCGCCGCCUCCGCCGCUCAGCCCCGGACUCCUUACGUCAGGGUAGCUGGGUCCCCCCUCCGCGCGGGAGCCGGGGAGCAGCGAGAGAGCAGAGCAGAGCGCGCUGCGGAGCCGGGGCGCCCUCACUGCCCGCGGAGCCCCGCCGAGCCCCGCCAAGCCGAGCCGGGCGGAGGCAGCGCCGCGGAGCCCGCGCCGGACACCGCAAGCGGACCCAGCACUCUCCGGCCGCCGCCGGACCCGUGGGGCGCCGGGCUCGUCCUGUGCGCCCCCCGCCAUGCGCGCGGGCCUCCGCGGCUUUCCAGAGCAGCCCCAGCGCGGUGGGCACAGGCGCCCGGGCCCCAGCGCCUCUCGCUAAAGUAGUUGGGUGGCCAGGGCAGGGGGUCGCCACGUCGGGGGCGCGGCCGGGACCCGCGGAGUCGGCCCCCGAGCGCGGGGAGCGGGGCCGCCCGCGCCGCCCCACCAUUACCUCCCCGGGCGGCAAGGAAGAGCUGGUGGCGGUCGCCUCCCGGCUGUGGCAGCGGCGGCGGCGUGCCUGUCUGGCCGCCGUCGGCGUACUCCUGGCCAUGGCACUCGGGCUGCUCAUCGCCGUGCCGCUGCUGCUGCAGGCGGCGCCCCCCGGUGCGGCGCACUACGAGAUGAUGGGCACCUGCCGCAUGAUCUGCGACCCAUACAGCGCCGCACCUGGAGGGGGGCCCGCAGGAGCUAAAGCUCCGCCGCCCGGACCCAGCACCGCUGCCCUGGAAGUCAUGCAGGACCUCAGUGCCAACCCUCCGCCUCCCUUCAUCCAGGGACCCAAGGGCGAUCCGGGGAGACCGGGCAAGCCAGGGCCGCGGGGUCCCCCUGGAGAGCCGGGCCCGCCUGGACCCCGGGGCCCUCCGGGAGAGAAGGGCGACACAGGGCGGCCCGGGUUGCCAGGGCUGCAGCUUAGUGCUGGCGCAGCCGGCGGCGUCGGGGUGGUGGGCGGCGGAGCUGGGGGCGGCGGCGACUCCGAGGGCGAAGUGACCAGUGCAUUGAGCGCCGCCUUCAGCGGCCCCAAGAUCGCCUUCUACGUCGGUCUCAAGAGCCCCCACGAAGGCUACGAGGUGCUCAAGUUCGACGACGUGGUCACCAAUCUCGGCAAUCACUACGACCCCACCACUGGCAAGUUCAGCUGCCAGGUGCGCGGCAUCUACUUCUUCACCUACCACAUCCUCAUGCGUGGCGGCGACGGCACCAGCAUGUGGGCGGAUCUCUGCAAGAACGGGCAGGUCCGGGCCAGCGCCAUCGCGCAGGACGCCGACCAGAACUACGACUAUGCCAGUAACAGCGUGGUGCUGCACCUAGAUUCGGGGGACGAAGUGUACGUGAAACUGGACGGUGGCAAGGCGCAUGGAGGCAAUAACAACAAGUACAGCACGUUCUCGGGCUUUCUUCUGUACCCGGAUUAG